AUGACACGUCUUCAGUCAAUCUAUUUAAAAAAUGUUGUUUUGUACUUCAAAACUAUCGAUGAUAUCCGUUCAUUCGUAUUUGUAAAUAAGAAAUGUGAAGAAAGCGCGAGUUCACUUUAUAUCAAUUCAUAUGCUCUUUCAAUGAAAUAUCCACUUCAAAUAAUGAUAAAAUAUUUUCCUAAAAUCGAGACAUUUUAUUUAAACAAAGUCCCACUGGAUGUUACCGAGUGUUUUUUGACAGAAAUCAAAAAUAUUGAGUUAGAUUAUUUAACCCUAAAUUUUACAAACACUGUUAACAUCGAUUUACUUAAUAAUUUGUGUUUUAUGAAUAAAUUGAGAGUUUUGCGUAUUGAAUUUUGUCAUUUGGAAAGCAUAAAAAUUCCAUUUGAACAAUUAGUCAACCUUUUUUAUUUGACAAUUAAAUAUUCAUCAAAAACUCCAAAUUUUUUUGUACCUAUUUCAAAAAAUAUGAAAAGGGUUGUUUUGUACAUACCACAUUUUUCUGUUGUUAAACUCAAUAAAUUCAACUUUAUAAAAAAUGAAAGAGUGGAAUUUGCUGUUAUUUUGAUGCCACCAGAUAAUUCUGAUAUCAUUAAUAAAAGUAUGUAUGAUGCUGCAAAUGAAAAUUUUAAAUGUUUUAUGACAAAGAAAUUGCGAAAUGUUCGGGUCUUUACUAAAUUUUUGUCAAACAACACUAAUGAAGCUGUGUUUUUAACAAAACGCCAGUUUUUUAAAGAAAACAACAGAUGCAAAUUAAAGUCAAAAGUUGUUGCAGACAUUUCAAUGUCAAAUGAUAUUAACUUGGUCGAACAACAAAUGACGAGUAACAUGAUUGAUGAUUUAGUUAUAAUGCAAAUAACUUCAGUUUCAAAAAUGAAUGAUAUUUUUGAUUUGAGAACCACAACAGUGAUUGACAAACUCGAAAUAUGUGAUAUCAAAAAUGGUCAGUUUUAUGUACCCAAAUUUUUAAAUACACUCAUUUUGAUUAACAUUCAUGCAAAUGUUUUUAUUGAUGGGUGCAAAAUCGACAUCAUCAAAGUGCUCAAUUACUGUGGAAAACCACUUAAUUUUGACGUGAAAAGAAUCAAAAAACUUAUGAUAAAACAGACAAAACAAAAUGCACUUAAUUUUGUAUACAACAGUGAAAUUAUUAAAGACAAGUGCGUUGUGGAUAUUGACAUAUGUGAACUAUUUUCUUUCAUUGCAAAUGGUCAAAUUAACAGUUUUGUGUUGUACAAAUAUGGGCAACAAAUGUGUGAUUUUUUGGCAGCAGGAGUCACCAUCCAAAACAAUGAAGUAACAAUUUAUGUUGAAUCACAAAUAUUGGAUCUUAGUAAAAUUGAGUGCGAUUGUUUGAUUAUACAAAAUACUGGAACAUGUGAAAAAGUUAUUUUGGGAGAUUUGAAAAAAGUAAUUUUAUAUGGAGGGGUGUUCGAAGAAGUUAUAUCUGAAAACGUUGUCCGCUCUCCAACGUUGUCCAGGCAUUUUUGGACCAUCAAAACUGGAACAUUUCGGGAAACAAUUCGAAACAAUCCCAAAACAUCGUUUCAUAAAUUAUACCGGGAUUUGAUCGUUUUUACCUAA